UGGGCCUGGUUGUAGAGGCCCCUUUUGCAAAACCUCAGCCUGAAUUUAGUAGACAGAAGUCACUAGGAAUGCCUUGACAGUAUCCUGCCUUAGCUAAGGCUCCCUCCAGCUGCAGAGGGUGUUUUUGUUAGAAUCACAAGCUGCGUGAAACUGCUCAGAAUAGAGCCAUGAUCUCAACCACGAAAUGGGAACUUAGAUUUUGGAGAAACUAACGGGGACGGACUUCUUUCCCAGCCUGAGUGCUGAGCAGUGUCAUGCCUUGGUGUUUCAGCUCCUCGUUGUCUAGGUGGUGAAAUGACAGAACUCAUUCCCUUCUUCGAUUGGUGACUUUGAAAUAAUCUUUCAUCAAGUUCCAUCUCCUUUACCCUCAUAUGGAAUAUAUCUCUCUGUCUGUUGUUAAACUACGAUGACAUGUCUGUAGCUAUCAGAAAGAGAAGCUGGGAAGAACAUGUGACCCACUGGAUGGGACAGCCUUUUAAUUCUGAUGAUUGUAACACAGCAUGUCAUCAUGGACUAGUAGCUGACAGCUUGCAGGCAAGUAUGGAAAAAGAUGCAACUCUAAAUGUGGACCGCAAAGAAAAGUGUGUUUCACUACCUGACUGCUGUCAUGGAUCAGAGCUGAGAGAUUUUCCUGGGAGGCCAAUGGGUCAUCUUUCAAAGGAUGUGGACGAAAAUGACAGCCAUGAAGGUGAAGAUGAGUUUCUUUCUCUGGAAGCCAGCACAGAAACACUAGUGCAUGUUUCUGAUGAGGAUACCAAUUCUGAUUUAUGCCUUACAGAUGAUAAACAGGUUUCAAAUACCCAAGGGCAUAAAACAUCAGGCCAACAUAUGAUCGAAGGAGCAGGCUCCUUAGAAAAGGCACUGCCCAUCAUACAAAGUAACCAAGUUUCUUAUAACUCCUGGGGAAUAGCUGGUGAAACUGAAUUAGCACUGGUAAAAGAAAGCGGGGAGAGAAAAGUUACUGACUCUAUAAGUAAAAGCCUGGAGCUUUGCAAUGAAAUAAGCUUAAGCGAAAUAAAAGAUGCACCCAAAGUAAACGCAGUUGAUACUUUGAAUGUGAAAGAUAUUGCACCUGAGAAACAAUUGCUUAAUUCUGCUGUAAUUGCUCAGCAACGAAGGAAACCUGACCCCCCUAAAGAUGAAAAUGAAAGAAGCACCUGCAAUAUAGUACACGAUGAGUUCUUGGAUAUUCCUUGCACAAACAGAGGACUGCCAUUAUUAGAAACAGAUUUUGGAAGCUGCCUUCUGCAGCCUCCUUCCCGCCUCAACGGAAUGUCAGCUGAAAAUGGCCUGGAGAAGAGUGGCUUUUCACAACAUCAAAACAAAAGUCCACCACUGGUCAAGGCAGAAGAUGGCAUGCAGUGUUUACACUUAAAGGAGACCCUGGCCACCCAGGAAGCCACAGAUAACCAAGUCAGACUUCGUAAGAGAAAGGAAAUAAGAGAAGAUCGAGAUAGGGCGCGGCUGGACUCCAUGGUGCUGCUGAUUAUGAAACUGGACCAGCUUGAUCAGGACAUAGAAAAUGCCCUCAGCACCAGCUCCUCUCCGUCGGACACACCAACAAACCUGCGGCGGCACGUUCCUGAUCUGGAAUCAGGAUCUGAAAGUGGAGCAGAAACCAUUUCAGUAAAUCAGACACGAGUAAAUUUGUCUUCUAACACUGAGUCCACGGACCUCCCAUCUUCCACCCCAGUGGUCAAUUCUGGAACCAAACCCAAGACUACGGCUAUUCCAGGUAUUUCAGAGAAGGAAAAGGCUGGUAAGUUGACAUUUUGGUUAUGUUUUGUCGCCAAUCUAUUUCAGAAUAAAUUUCACCUUAAAAUAGGCAUUUUAUUAAAUAUAUAAAAUGUAUGCAGCUCAUGAAUAUCUGGGAAAAUGUUGUUUAAAUUCUGUAAGAGAAAUUUGUUUUGCUCAAUAUAUAAGAAAAAUAUAUGUGGUUUUCAAACAUAAUGACAUUGUGUUAGAAUAAGGUACGUGUUUCUUGGGGUCUUUCUUGUAACUGCAACCACAGUUUUUUUCUUAAGUAAAAGAAUUAGAUGUUGAUCAAUAUUCUGAGGAAUGAAUUUGGAAACUAGUUGUUAUUAAUUACCAAGGUUUAUUUUCAUUCAUAAUGACUUAGUAGCCACAGAAAAAGAUGUAAUUGAUGCUUAAAAGUGACGCUACACUAUCAAAAAUAUAGUGAUGAAGCAAUGUGAAUAAUUGUAUUGAAGAAAAAAUACAGUAUUUUUCUACGCUCUGUGCUUUAAUUAUAAUUUUUAACAGUAUUAUGGGAAAUGGACAAGGACUGAUGAGAAACGAAAAUAUGAAAAAUUAGACUUGGAUUGGUAGAUCUACGUGUUUUUAAAAAAUCAUACUGUCUUAUGUGUUCUGUGUAAUAAAAACCAAAACAGGUUAAAGGUAUAUUAUCUAACUUGAA